GAUUGACCUUACACCAACUACCAUCAACACCCCUAACAAAUUUUAACAAUAACCCCAACUUACCUACCUACAUUAUAAUUAUAAUGGAGUACUCUUAUAGAACAAAAAUCAAUGUACUAUUCAUUGUACUCAUUCUCUUUGUAUUUGCUGCACUAGGGACAGCAACAAACGCUCCGAGGAGGAAACUAACAAAGAAAUACAAAGGCCCAUGUAUGGCCGUGAAUUCAAUUGACAAGUGCUGGAGAUGUGACCCUUUCUGGGCGGAAGAUCGCCAGAAAAUGGCUGAUUGUGCGUUGGGCUUUGGUAUCAAUGCGAUGGGAGGAAAGUAUGGUCCAUACUACAUUGUCACAGAUAAUUCUGAUGAUGAUGUUAUUGAUCCUAAGCCUGGAACUCUGCGAUUUGGGGUGAUCCAAAAGGGACCGUUGUGGAUCACAUUUGCCAAAAGUAUGAGAAUUGAAUUGAGCAGGGAACUUAUUGUUAGUAGCAAUAAAACAAUCGAUGGACGUGGAAAAUACGUUCACAUAGCAAAUGGAGCUGGAAUUAAGAUACAAAGUGCAUCAAAUGUUAUUAUCUCUAACCUUCGAAUUCACCAUAUUGUACCUACCGCAGGUGGCCUGCUUAGGGAGUCUGACGACCACCUUGGCCUAAGGGGCGGAGAUGAAGGUGAUGCCAUUAGUAUCUUCAAUUCUCAUGAUAUAUGGAUUGACCACAUCUCUAUGUCUCGUGCCGCUGAUGGUCUUAUCGAUGCUGUUGCUGGUUCCACUAAUAUUACGAUAUCCAACUGUCACUUCACUGAUCAUGAAAAAGUAAUGUUGUUUGGUGCUAACGAUCAUUCGGUAGAGGACAGGGGAAUGAAAAUAACAUUGGUGUAUAACCACUUUGGAAAGAGGUUGGAUCAAAGGAUGCCUAGAUGCAGGUUUGGAUUUUUCCACCUGGUGAACAAUGAUUACACUCAUUGGGAAAGAUACGCUAUUGGAGGAAGCAGUGGAGCAACGAUCAUCAGCCAAGGGAAUAGGUUUAUUGCGGAGGAUAAAUUGUUGGUGAAAGAGGUGACAUAUAGAGAGAAAAGUACAUCAAGUGUGGAAGAAUGGAUGAAAUGGACAUGGAUAUCAGAUGGUGAUGAUUUGGAAAAUGGUGCUACAUUUACACCAUCUGGUGACCAGAAUUUACUCUCUAAAAUUGACCAUCUCAAUUUGAUUCAACCAGAACCCUCUUCUAAAGUUGGAUUACUAACUAAGUUUUCUGGUGCUUUGUCUUGCAACAUUCGACGCCCAUGUUAACUUCUUUCUU